CGGCGACGCAGUGAAGUAGCCCGGGGAACGGCCGGCGCGCGGGCCGGUGGGCGGAGGCCGAGACUCCUCAGUUCUUCGCCGGUCGCCCGGCAGCCGCCCCCCCACCCCCGCCAUGCACCUGCCGCCCGCUGCCGCAUUCGGGCUGCUGCUGCUGCUAUUGCCGCCGCCUGCGGCUAUGACCUCCCGGAAGACGACCCUGUGCCAGAAGUGCCGGACGCUGGUGGACAAGUUCAACCAGGGGAUGGCCAACACGGCCAGGAAGAAUUUCGGCGGCGGCAACACGGCGUGGGAGGAGAAGACGCUGUCCAAGUACGAAUCCAGUGAGAUCCGGCUUCUGGAGAUCAUGGAGGGCUUGUGUGACAGCAGCGACUUUGAGUGCAACCAACUCUUGGAACAGCAGGAGGAGCAGCUAGAGGCCUGGUGGCAUUCACUGAAGAAGGAGUACCCUAACCUAUUUGAGUGGUUCUGUGUACACACACUGAAAGCAUGCUGUCUUCCGGGCACCUAUGGGCCAGACUGUCAGGUGUGCCAGGGUGGGUCUGAGAGGCCUUGUAGCGGAAACGGCCACUGCAGUGGAGAUGGCAGCAGACAGGGCGACGGGUCCUGCCGUUGUCACGUCGGAUACAAGGGGCCACUGUGUAUCGACUGCAUGGAUGGCUACUUCAGCUUGUUGAGGAACGAGACACACAGCUUCUGCACAGCCUGUGAUGAGUCCUGCAAGACGUGCUCAGGGCCGACCAACAAAGACUGUGUGGAGUGCGAAGUGGGCUGGGCACGUGUGGACGGUGCCUGUGUGGAUGUGGAUGAGUGUGCAGCAGAGACCCCUCCCUGCAGCGAUGCACAGUACUGUGAGAAUGUCAACGGCUCGUACACAUGUGAAGAAUGUGAUUCUACCUGUGUGGGCUGCACGGGAAAAGGCCCAGCCAAUUGUAAAGAGUGUAUCUCUGGCUACAGCAAGCAGAACGGCGAGUGUGCAGAUAUAGAUGAAUGCUCACUAGUGGACAAGGUGUGUAAGAAGAAAAAUGAGAACUGCUACAAUACCCCAGGGAGCUUUGUCUGUGUGUGUCCUGAUGGUUUUGAGGAAACAGAGGAUGCUUGUAUACAGAAAACAGAAGGCGAAGUGACAGAGGAAAACCCCACACAGCCACCCUCCCAUGAGGAUUUGUGACGGGCAUCCAGGUUCAGAAGCCAGACUCACCCUUUUAAGUUAUUGAGAGGACAUCAACCCCAUUUCUCCAGGAGAUUUUGGAGGGAGAUAGAAGCUGCCUACUUUGAUACUUACUUGGCCCUUUAAAAAGCUGCACUUCUUGGUGGUUCUUAAACAGAUUCGUAUAUUUUGAUACUGUUCUUUGUAAUAAAAUUGAUCGUUGAAGAUCACCAGGA